AUGCAACCGACGCCACUCUCCCGCUUCACCUCAGCCCCCUACAUCCCACCAGACCGGAUCUUCGAACUAACAGCCCAAUACCAAGCCGACCCAAGCCCCCAAAAAGUCAACCUAGGGCAAGGCACCUACCGCUCCAGCACCGGCGAUCCCUGGGUGCUGCCCUCCGUCCAAGAAGCACGCAGCCGACUAGCCAACAACGGCCUGAACCACGAAUACCUCCCGAUCCUAGGGCACGCGCAAUUCCGCAAGCUGGCGGCGCGGAUGGCGCUGGGCGAGGCCCUCCACGACACGCUGGGCUCCCGACUCGCAACCUGCCAGUCCCUCUCAGGAACCGGCGCAUUGCACCUAGCGGGACUCCUGCUGCGCCACCUGCACCACCUCAACCUCAACCCCAAUCCCGAGGGGCAGACCAACCGCCCACUCCCAAAGAUCUACAUCCCGGACCCAACCUGGUCGAACCACCACCAGAUCUUCACCUCCCUAGGUUUCCCCGUCGUCUCGCUACCGUACUACUCCGCCGAGACCCGGUCCCUCGCCUUCGAGCCCUACCUCUCCGCGUUGGAGAAUGCAGAGCAAAACAGCGUGGUCAUCCUGCACGCGUGCGCGCACAACCCGUCCGGGUGCGACCCGAGCACCGCUCAAUGGCGGGAGAUUGCAGGGGUCAUCAAAUCCAAGAACUUGUUUCCGGUGUUCGAUGCCGCGUAUCUGGGAUUUAAUUCGGGGGAUGUCGAUGAGGAUGCUGCUGCUAUUCGGAUGUUUGUGGGUGAGGAGUUUGGGUUGGAGGUUGGGGUUUGUUUGUCGUUUGCGAAGAAUAUGGGGCUUUAUGGGGAACGGACGGGGUGUUUCUUUGUGACGACACGGUCGGGGGAGAUUGCGAGGAAUACCGAGUCCGUGCUGGAGGUGCUGCAGCGGCGCGAGGUGUCGAAUCCUCCUGCUUUUGGGGCGAAGAUUGCGGCGCUGGUGCUUGGGGAUCUUGAGUUGGCGGGGAUGUGGAGGGAGGAUUUGAAGACCAUGAGUGGGCGGAUUCGGGAGAUGAGGACGGGUUUGGCUGAGGGGUUGAUUCGCUUUGGGGCGCCGGGGGACUGGGGGCAUUUAGUAAGACAGACGGGGAUGUUUGGGUUCUUGGGGCUGGAUGAGGAGGUAGUCAGGGAGCUACGCGCAGAAGAGGAUCAUAUAUACAUGGCGGACAACUCGCGCGUCUCGAUUGCUGGGCUGAAUCCGGGGAAUGUCGAGUACGUGGCUAAGGCGAUUGCUGAACGGCUGCGAACGCGGGAUGUCUGA